AUGCAGUGGGACCUCAGCAAGGAGAACAUCCAGCCGCUCAAGCGGGGCAGGAACCCGGCUGCACUUGAGAAGGUUUUCGUCGCGAACCAGAAGCAGGAUGCGGCCGAAAUUGAAAACAGGAUGAGGGAGCUCGAGCAAGCCGUGCACGACUACGCCGGCGACGAUCCGAUCAAGCCCUGGGAGGCCCUGAUCGACUGGGUGCGGCAGCACGUGCAGUCCGGGGCCGAUAAGUUCCUGAAGCCUGUGUACCAGAGGGCCACUGAACACCUGCGACAGUUCGAGCGGUACAAGGCGGACCGCCGGUACCUGCGCAUGUGGAUCAUGUACGCGGACAUGUGCCGCGACCCCAACGACGUCUUCACGACGCUCAGGCAGCACGACAUCGGCCAGGACUUCGCGCUCUUCUACGAGGCCUACGCGACGUGGCUCGAGCGCAAGGGCAGCCACGCGAGUGCCGACGCGGUGUACCGCGACGGCAUCGGCCGCAACGCCGAGCCCAUCGCGCGCCUGAAGCUCAAGUACGACGCGUUCCAGGCGCGCAUGGCUCUGCGGAUCCAGCGCGAGGCCGAGCAGGGCGUGCACCGCGAGCAGCCCGCCCCGGAGCGCCAAGCGUUCGUUCCGCUCGCGGCGCGCACGUCAGGGCGCGUGGGGUCGCGGCGGCCGGGCGGGUCGCCCGCCCGCGCGGCCCUGGCGCCCGUGCGCGGUGCCGCGGGCGCGGCGGCGCCGAAUUCCGGGCUGGACGUGUUUGUUGACGAGCAGUUUGGGGGCGAGGAGGGCGCUGCGGCCGAGGGCGCUGCGGCGGGCGCUGCUGGCGCGGAGGCGGGGGCCGCGGCUCGGCCGGCGCCGUCGCUGCUGGGGCUCGACAACCCGAAGGAGAAUGUCAUGCAGGCGACGUCCUGGCAGGGAGCCCGCAUCAAGCAGAUCAAGUCGGCGUCGGUACAGCCGGCCCCGGCGCUCGACGUCCUCGAGGACCCCGACAUUGACGCCGGCCCGGUCGCGCACGGCGCCGCGGGCGCGUCUGCGCCGCAGCACGCCCCCUGCGCUCCCGGCGAGGGCUUCGCGAAGGAGCUGCUGCGCAUGCCCGAGGGCGAGGAGGAGUGCUGCUUCGAGGAGCGCCGCGCGCUGGAUCUUGGCCUGGGGCACGUGGGGCGGGCUGUCAGUCAUGCGGUGUCGGGCCUUGACGUAUGCGAGUCCCCGGAGAAGACGGGGGGCGCCGCGAAGCGGCAGAACUGCCAGCCGACGCCGGAAGCAGCGCGUGCGGCGGGCGCCGCGCUGGCGGCCGCCGCGGCGCAGGGCGACGGCGUGACCAUCAACACCAAGCUGGCGUUCGACGAGAUCAACGCGAUGUUCAGCGACGCGCUCCCGCACGAGGCCCUGCGCACGGCGGCCGCCGCGCCCUCGCGCCCGCCCGCCGCCCCGCCCUCCCCCGCCGUCGCGUCCCCCGACGCCGACCCCGGCAUGGCAAUCUACGAGGACACGAUCUUUCUCCGCGGCGACGACAACCGCGCUCCCCGGCCGUCGGGGGCCGCAGCCGCGCCCACGCAGACGCUCGCGCUGCCCGCGGGCGCGCCGGGGCCCGCGCGGGCAGCCGCCGACGAGGACGAGGAGUUCCUGAUCUACGAGGACACCGUUUGUAUUAAAAAGAAUACCGGCCAGCUCCCCACGACCGAGGCCGCGGCCGGGCCGUCGCUGCAGCCCCGCGCGGCCCUCGCGGACGCCAAGGAGAACGCUCCCGUCGCCGCGGCGUACGAUCCGGAGCGCGACGACCCGCGGGACGGCGCGGAGAACGCGGGCCCAGCGGGGCCGUCGCAGGUGCGGUCGGCCGGCGCGGGACGCGGCGUCCUGGAGCCCGCGACGGCGGAGCGCGUGGCUGCGCUGGAUGCCGAGGUGCAGGACGUCGUGUCGGACGACGAGGGGGGGGAGGUGUCGCUGUCGGCGCGGAUGGCGGAGCUGGCGUGUGCGCGGGCGGGGGCCGCGGGGGACGAGUUCGUCGUCGCGAGGUCGGACGCGGUGGUCGACGCGUUCGCUCCUGCGCGCGUGCGCGCCAGCGGGCGGGCGGUGAUGGAGGACGUCGUGCGUCUGACGGGGACGGUCGAUGUCAGGGACACCGAGCUGAGUCAGGCGCUCGACGACGCGCUCGAGGAGCUCGCUGAGUCAGGCUGCGGGUCCCUGGACACCCCGACGCUGUCGAUCAUGCUCGAGGCGCCCGCGACCAAGGGGGGCUUCACGUCGGCGCGCGUGCUCGCCGCGGGAGACGACGAGCGCACGUUCCACGGCGGCGGCCCGGGCGACGACGCCCUCAUGGCGAUCGUCACUUCCCCGGAGGCAGCCGCACUCGCCGCGCACGUCGCGGGCCGCCUCGCGUCGCGCGGGGUCCACGCCACCUCCCGCGGCAUCUGGACGCCCACGCACGCAGUCAUCGGCGCCCGCAACGCGCUCCUCCUCGGGCCCCUGGGCGAGGGCGUGACGCUCCAGUCCAUCCUGGCGCGAGCGGGGACUCCGGAGCCCCCGGUCGGCCUAGCGCUGGCCGCCAGCCUCCUGGAGGCCGUGGGAACGCUGCACUCGCAGGGCUACGUCCACGGCGCCAUCUCGCCCGCGUGCAUCGUCCUGGUCGGCCCCGCAGUGCCCGGCGCGGCGCCGGGCCUGCUGCUCGCGGGUGCGGAUAAGCUCGUUGAUGUCGCGGCCAUGCCGCGUGGGACGAAGCUGGCGGGCGUGCCACGCGGCGACGGCGCGUACGUCGCGCCGAGCGUCGCGGCAGGGGAGCCUUGGGUGUUUGUGGGUGACAACUGGGGCGUCGGCGCCGUGGUCGGGCGGCUGCUGGGCGUGGGAGAGUCCCCCAGGGGUGUGGCGGAGGCGGUGCGGUCGGGUAGGUUCCCGGACGUCGUGGGGCCGCGGAUGCGGGAGGCGCUGGGGGUGCUGACGUCGGGCAAGGACGGGCUGGCGGCGCGGGAGUGCGGCGCCGCGGCGGCCGAGGCGCGCGAGGCGCUGGGAGGGCCGCUCGGCGCGGCGCUGCGCGAGGCGACGAUGCGGCUGAACAUCCUCCUCCUGAACGACGACGACGACGCGUGA